AUCUUUUACAAUUAAUUCAACAUCUAAGGUCUAUAAUUCAUAUGAACUAAUUAAAGUUUAUGAAUUAAUUUUUGCUUUAUCACGUGUUUCAAAAAAUAUAACUCAUAUAAGAGUUAACAAUGCUUGUCAAAGUUAUCAAAGUGAACUAGGAGAUUCAUUAGGAAUUCUAUUAAAUUCACAAACUAAUUUACGUUCAUUAGAUUUGGAAUAUCUGACCGAACCAGUAUAUUAUGAACCAAUUAUAUCAAAAUCAAAUAUUAUUUCUACAUUAAGUGAUAUAUCAUUUAAAAACAUUAAUUUCGGGAAUAUUUCUCAAAAAUCUAUGAACUCUUUAAUCAAAUUAUCUCAGAAUUUAAAAAUAUUAAAAGUUGCUUCAUGUUUAAAUUGUUCAUUAUUAUGUGAUGCAAUGAAACAAUGUUCAAAUUUGGUAGAAUUUACUUAUGAAACAUGUCAAUUUGGUGAAGAUUUAGAUUUCUUAUUAACAAUAUUAAAAUCUUCAUCAUCCUCUCUUAGAUAUUUGGAUAUAUUUUGGAUAAGAGAUGGUAGUAAUGAUAAUGAAUCAUUACUUAAAAGACUAAAAUUAAUUAAUUGUAUAUCUGAACAUUGUACAAAACUUACUUACCUAAAAUUACGUAGAUUAAAUAGCGAAGAUUUAUUUUCGAUUUGGUACGGUUGUAAACAAUUGGAAGUACUUAGUUUUUUUUGUAAUGAACAUAGUGAUUGGGAUGAUUCUUUGGAAGAUUUGGGAAGAUUAUUACCUUGUACUCUCAAGGUACUAAAGAUUGGUCAUUGGAUCGAAAUGCCUUUUAGUGCCAUGGCUCUAGAAAGUUUUUUGAAGGGCUGUAAAGAGAGUUUAAAGAAAUUAGAAAUUUAUAGUUUUAAAAAAUUAUGUAAACACAGCGAGUACGUUAGUGUGUUAGAAAAUAGUGGGGUAUAUUAUGAACUGAUUUCUUAAGGCUAUGAUUUGUAAGGAAAUUAUGAUUUAUAAGAAAACAUUAAGGCUAAUAACAAUUAAGGAAUUUUUAACUAAAUAAAUCAAUCAAUUAAGAUGUAUAAUGCAUAAAUUUUUAAUUCGGAUAAAGUUUAUAAGAAAAAAAUUA